UUUUUCCUGUAAUCCUAUCUUAUUUUCCUUAAUCACAAUUUACACAGCAUUGAACUAUUCCAUCGAUUCAGUAUUUUUAUGCUUUCGAUCCCCUGUUUUCAUCCAUUUGUGUGUGAAAUGUGUGAAAAUUGCAAUGCCCAGAAUUUCCAGAAUCAAAGACUUUCUUUUACUCCUCUUUGCUCUCCUCAUUUUCCACCUUCUUUUCCUCCUCCACCACCCCUUCACCCUCCUACCACCACUACAGCCACCUCCGACCACCUCACUUUCCUUCUCCUACCACCUUCUCUUCUCCAUCUCCUCCUCCUCCACCUCCCUCCCCCAGCGCACCCCCUACAUCCACCUCUGGUUCUCCCCCAACUCCACCCCAAACACUUACCUUUUUCUGGACAAGAACCCCCAGUUCACGCUAUCAUCAACCCUCCCCCUGCCUCCAGUCUUUCUCUCUUCUGACACUUCCCACUUCCCCUACUCCUUCCCUAGAGGCAACCCUUCUGCCAUUAGGAUUGCUUACACAGUGAAAGAUGUUUUCACCCUCCUCAGGCCCCCUCCCCAUGUCAGAUGGUUCGUCUUCUGUGAUGAUGAUACCGUGUUUUUUCCCCGUAAUUUGGCGCUUGUUUUGUCUAAAUAUGAUCAUAAUCAGUGGUUUUAUGUUGGGUUUGGCUCAGAAAGUUAUGUGCAGAAUCAGAAAUUUUCUUUUGAUAUGGCCUUUGGAGGUGGAGGAUUUGCAUUGAGUGCACCUUUAGCAAGGGUUUUAGCUGAGGUUUUGGAUUCUUGCUUGACUCGGUACCCUCAUUAUUAUGGGAGUGAUCAGAGGAUUUUUGCUUGCUUGGCUGAGUUGGGAGUUCCUUUAACUCGCGAACCUGGGUUUCAUCAGAUUGAUGUUCGAGGAGAUCUGUUUGGCAUGCUCGCGGCACAUCCAUUAUCGCCUCUUUUGUCACUGCAUCAUAUGGAUGCCGCGGACCCUAUCUUUCCCGGCAUGAACAGGAUUCAGGCUCUGCAGCAUCUUUUCAAAGCUGUGAAUGCUGAUUCUCCAAGGAUUUUGCAGCAAACUGUCUGCUAUGAUCCCUUCAAUUCAUUAACUGUCUCCAUAUCAUGGGGUUUUGCUGUUCAAGUUUUUGAAGGACGUCAGCUCCUUCCAGAUCUUAUCUCAUUGGAGAGAACCUUUAGGCCUUGGGGUAGGACUAGAAGUGUCUAUUCUAGCCAUUUUAUGUUUAACAUAAGAGAAACUCCUAGGGAUCAGUGCAAAAGGCCAGUCGUCUUUUUCAUGGAUAGUGUUGCUUCUAAAGAUAGCAGUGUUUGGACCAACUAUACUAAACAUAAUAUAGGAAGUUGUGUGAGGAUUAAUGCAGUACAGAAACUGGAAACCAUCAGGGUUUUCUCGAAGAUGAUGGACUGUGAUAUUGAGGAGAUGAAGGCACCUCGACGUCAGUGUUGUGACAUUUUAUCACCGAUCGAUGAGACAAUGACUAUUUAUAUUAGAGAAUGCAGAAAUGGUGAAGUCAUUUCCAUGCCAAGAUAGACUUAUCUUAUAACCCAAUUCUGACACGGUGGAAUUGACAAUUUACCUGGAAAGUUAGAAUUAUGUGGUCUUCUCUUCUCAAAAGAAUUCUGUUUCAUAUAUAAGUGCUUUGCCCAGCCCUGAAGGUAAAAGCCACUGUUAGUAGUGACCCUUAGUUGAAAUUGUUCGACAAUUAUGUACUUGCUACUACAUAACUUGAAUGCAACGAUAUCAUGGAUGAGGACAUCAGCAAGAUAAACAGUUUUUUGAGGGCACAAAAUCAGUAUGUGCUGUAUUUUCGAAGACCAUCGUUCAUGCUCGGCUAAAAGCUUUCUUAGAUCUACCUGCACAUCUCUAGCAAGUUCAGAUUUUCUCAACUAAAAGAUCGAGCAUAGGCUUCUUCCAUUUUUCAUUUUUCCGCCUUGCUUUGGGUCAUCUCUUUUCCAGGCAAGGACGUAAAGUUUUAAUCUAUGCUAUCGUGUUUUCUUUCUGAUGCAAAUGGUUUGAACUUUCUACUUCAAGCUGCUAAUGAUUUUUCCUUUAUGCAGGAUUCAAGAUAGGUAUUUUAGGCCUCUCUUGGAGUUUGAUAUAAUCAUUUUUGCGCAUGUGAACUGGGCACAUGUAACUGGAUACUGGCGUUCUGAAGCUCAAAUAAGAAAAUGAACUCGGUCUUUGCACUAGGCUAUUUGUUUCUGUUGCACCGACUCUUUCCCCUGACUGAUCUGAUCGACAAAAACAUUGUGCAGAGCUUCUCCUUGACGGCGAGUCUACGCUAGAAGGUCAGGAAAUCCUCUUGUUCAGGACUCCGCCUUAGAAGUUACCACUUGCAACAGAUACAUGCCCCCUGCAUUGGGGUGCAUGUGACACUAUACCUUUCCUUCUCUUGAAAGAUGAAUUUGGGCCAAGCAUGAAGAUUGUCGCUGUCACUGCUUUACAUUCAUGACCUUCUGGUUUUUAACUGAGGGAUAAAAGAACCAGUGGUUUGGCAUCCUAUUUAGUUUUCCAAGUUCUGAAUUGGCUUUUGCUUGGUUUAUUUUGACAUCUAAAAUUAGAUGUACCAUUGUUUGAUGUCGAAAGUGCUUAUCCUUUUGUUGACUUCGAAAGAGCUUAUCCUUUUGUUGCCUUCUAUUCAUGCUUCCUUCAUCGAUAAUGAUUGAUAACAA